GCUGAGGGUUGUUCUGUUGGGGAACAGCUGGUUUGAGAGGAGUUCUGUGGGGAACUUAUUACUGGAAGGAACUGUGUUCAACACUGAGGAAGAACCAAACCACUGUCUGAGAGUCAGUGGACAGAUAAAGGAGAAGAAAAUAGUCCUCAUCAACACUCCAGAUCUGCUGAAUCCAAACAUCUCUGAAGACAAACUAAGAGGACAUGUAGAACUCUGUGUGAGACUCUCUGGUCCUGGACCUCAUGUGUUCCUGCUGGUUCUACAGCCUGAAGACUUCACUGAGGAACACAAACUGAGGAUCUGCAGAGUCCUGGAACUAUUCAGUGAUCAAUCAUUUGAUCGAUCACUGGUUCUGAUAUCAGCAUCCAGAGAGGAGAGUCCAGGUCUCCUAGAAAACUACCUGCAACAUCCACUGUUAGGAGACAUAAUCAGAAGAUGUAGACAGAAGUUGUUGUGGCAGAAGAACAUGGAACAUUCAGACUUGUUGAGCGCCAUGGACAGAAUUGUGGAGCAGAACGACAGAGAUGAUGAGAGCUGGGAUGAAUGUGAGGAUGCAGAGUCUGAGUUCACCAGUAGCCAUGGAAACCAGAAACCAGAGGAUCCUGGCAGAGCUGGUGCAUUGAAAUCUAUCUGGCAUUCAGCAACAAGCUGGGGCUCCUGGUUUAAGUCUGCCAUAUCAGGACCUGCAUCAUCACUGGAAAGUCAAACCAGCCAGGCAUCGGAAUUCAGGAUUGUGCUGCUGGGAAAAAGUGAAGACAAGAAAACAAAACUUGGUAACUUCAUUAUCAGAGAUCGAGUCUUUGAUGUACAGAAAUCAAUCCAGCAUUGUGUGGCCGUCUGUGGAAAGUGGAGAGGAAAAUGUGUAACAGUUGUGAAGACACCAGAUCUCUUCAGUUUUCCUGAGCAGACAAUGAGAGGAGAGGUGAAAAGAUGCAUCAGUCUGAUUCUCCCUGGUCCAAAUGUUCUGCUGCUGUUAGUGAAACCAUCUGAGUUUAAGGAAAAGGACAAAGAAAAACUGAAGUUCAUCCUGAGUCUGUUUGGUGAAGACGCCUUUAAACACUCGAUGGUCAUCAGGACUCAGAACGAAGACAAACAGAAUCAGUCGGUGGAAAAACUCCUCCAAGACUGCAGACAAAAGCAGCACAGCAUCAAUCUUGAUAAAAAGGAUCCUUCAGGUCAUGACGUUGAAGAGUUAAUGCAGAAAAUGGAAGCUAUAGUGAGUGACCUCAGGGGAGGAUAUCUGAUAUUAACUGAAGAAGCUGAUCAGACAGUGAUGAACCUGGUCCUGUGUGGUAGAAGAGGAGCUGGGAAGACUUCAGCAGUCAACGCUAUUCUGGGACAAAGAAACUUUGGUCGACCUGAAGACUCAUCAGAGUGUGUUAGAACCCAGGGAGAGGUGUGUGGACGUAGGGUUUCCCUGCUGGAGCUGCCUGCCUUGUAUGGAAAACCUCAGGAGGCAGUGAUGGAGGAAUCAUUCAGGUGUAUCUCCCUCUGUGAUCCUGAGGGCGUCCAUGCCUUCAUCCUGGUCCUACCUGUGGGUCCCCUCACUGAUGAAGACAAGGGAGAGUUAGAGACCAUCCAGAACACAUUCAGCUCUAAAGUCAGAGACUUCAUCCUGAUUCUGUUCACUGUGGAGUCAGAUCCUACAGCUCCAGAAGUUGUUGACUUUAUACAGAGCAGAGACAUCCAGGAGUUCUGUCAGAGCUGUGGAGGAAGAUCUGUUGUUGUCAACAUGAAGGACAAGCAGCAGAUCCCAGAGCUGCUGGAUCAAGUGGACAAGAUGAGACUGUCAGAUCAGAAACCUCACAGCUACACAACAGGAACGUUUGCUCAUGGCCAAAUGGAAAAGAACCUACAGCUAGAAGCAGUCAUCACCAAACAACAGACUGAAAUCAAGAAACUGAAAAAAUCUGAUGUGGUCAAAGUGGAUAAGGAGCAGCAGAACUCAGAGAGUCUCAGGAUUGUGCUGAUUGGGAAGACUGGCAGUGGAAAGAGUUCUGCAGGAAACACCAUUCUGGGAAGAAAACAGUUUGAAGCCAAACCAGGUCAACAAGGCGUCACCAAACGUUGUCAGAAGUCAGUGGGUGAAGUGGACGGACGUCCUGUUGUCGUGGUCGACACUCCUGAACUGUUUGACAGCACUUUGUCUAAUGAUGAAGUAAAUGAAGAGAUGGUGAAAUGCAUCAGUCUUCUGUCUCCAGGACCACAUGUCUUCCUGCUGGUGUUACGUAUCGGCAGAUUCACACCAGAGGAGAAGGAGUCAUUAAAUAUGAUCAAGAAAAGCUUUGGGAAGAAUUCUGAAAAGUUCACCAUCAUUCUCUUCACAAGAGGCGAUUCAUUAAAACAUGCAAAUCAGUCCAUUGAAGAUUACAUUAAAACAUGUGAUAAUUCCUUCAAGAAGCUGAUCUCUGACUGUGGAGGAAGAUACCACAUGUUCAAUAACUAUGAUGAACAAAACCAAACACAAGUCAGUGAGCUGAUAACAAAGAUCGACACCAUGGUGAAGGAAAAUGGAGGAAACUGCUUCACCAACAAGAUGCUGUAAGAAGCUGAAGCAGCGAUAAGGAAAGAAAUGGAAAAAAUCCUGAAGGAGAAGGAAGAAGAGAUGAAGAAAAAGAUGGAGGAGCUGGAAAGAAAAUAUGAGGAAGAAAAGGAAGAAAUGAAAAGAAGGAUAGAAGAAGAGAGAGCUGGAAUUGAACAGGAGAGAAAACUGAGAGCAAAACUACUGAAUGAAAUGGAGGAAAACAUCAACAAGGAGCGUGAGCUGAGAAAGAAAGAACAAGAAAUCAGAGAAGAAGAGAAAAUAAAAAAGGAAGCAGAGGAAGAAAAAUACAGACAGAAUCUAAAAAUGGAACUUGAAUUUUUGGACAAACAAAUUCAAUCAGACAAAGAAGAAAAGGAAAAUGUUGACAGAAAACUGGAAGAGACCAGAGAUGAGAUGAGAAAGAAACAAGAAGCCUGGGAGGAAGAACGAAGAGAGUGGUGGAAGAAACGAAAACAAGAAGAUGAAGAGAGACAACAACAGGAGAAAAGAAGAAUAGAAGAACUUCAGGAGAAGUUCAAGCAGAAACAAGAUGAAUAUGAAAAGAAAAGGCAAGAGGAAGACCAAAUCAGGAGAGAAGAGGAGGAGAGGAAACAUAAAGAAUUACAGGAAAACCACAGGAAAAACCUUGUGGAAGUGGAGAAGAGCUAUGAAGACAAAGCUAGAAAGCAAGCUGAAGAGUUUAAUGAGUUCACAGAGAAACACAAAGAGGAAUUAGCAGCUCAGAGGAAGGAGUAUGUGAAAAAAAUGACUGACUUGAUGAAGCAUGUGGUCAAAAAGAGUCAAAACCUGAAAAAAAUCCAGAAUUUACUGAAGAAACAAGAACAAGAAAUGAAAGUGAGCAGCGAGAGGGAAAAGGAAAAUCUGCAGCAGAGACAGGAAGAAGAAUUUAUUAACUUAAUGGAAGAGAUUUUGAAAGAAGAGAUUGAAGACACAGGAUGGUGCAGCAUUUUAUGAGGUGAUUCAUAAUUCUGGUGUCACUUAGAGACAGUCAAUGAAAAGACUGAACCAGAUUCUGCUGUUUUUUGGCCACAUUCAGUCUCCAGAAACAUGCAGCUGGAGUCAAACACAAUUAUUCAAUUUAUAAAACACAAAUCUGACAUUAGACUUUAGCCAGUUGCACAACAAAAUCACGUAAAGAGAAAUAUUGGAACAUUUACUGGAAAGUAAAGUCCAAAAAAAGUCUCAACAAGUCAUUCUAUGAGACGAUUUUAGAAAAGAAAACAAUAUAUAUGAGGGCAGAGGGAUGUGUUUUGUGUUGUGCUUUGAAGUUUGGUGAAGUUUUAAAUGUGUGAAAUCACUUUGAGAUUUUAUUUUAUAGUUUCCUUCUGUGCUCUCAUUGGUAAACUGAGACUAGGGUCAGUGUGUUCUGCUUUAAACAGAGACUAUACUGGGUUCUCUGGUGAACUGAUCCAGACGUGAUUGUUUUAGUAAUCAAUGUGUGCAUGUUGUGAUGUAAAACAAGCUGCCAAUACAGAAUACAGUGCAUGAACCAAACCUCCAUCGAAGCUGCAACAAGUUUCUAACCAGCAGCAACAACAAAAGUAGUUCUAAGUUGAUUCAUAUUUACAUUUCUCAGCCGAGAGUCAGUCCACCUUCAGUUCAGCAGUGUUUUAGAUUCUCUUACAAAGAAAACGAGCUGCGCGAUGGAGAAGAUGAAACAAUUAGAACAUCUGAGAACCUCAGUGAACCUGGACUCUCAGGUUUCCAGACAGAAAGGAAAGUGAAUCCGGUUUGGAAAACAGAGCUGACAAAGAUGUGUACAGAGGCAGGCUGUUCACUGACAUAGUUUUACAUUUUAUUUGAUGUAAAUGCAACGAUGAUUAGAUGAUAUUCAGGGAAAAUGGAAUAGUUUAGCAUUCAGGAUCUUCUCUGUAUUUUCUGUAAGGUUUAUUGAAAACUGCAGGUUAUGGUGGAGCUAUUUUUAUUGUGUGUCUGACUUGCUUAUCUUGGAAAGGUUUGGAAUUGUAAAAAGAGGAGGAACAAUGGGCUGCUCUGUCAGAAAUAACUGCCCUAUUUUUUGUUUCCUUUAAUCUCCAUAAAUGUAUGUUUAAUCUUUAACAAAGUAAAUUCUAAAUAAACGAUGAAACAGGAAGCAGCAAGACUUCAGUCAGAAGAGAUGAUCUAUGUUUGCUGUUGAAAUAAGAAAGAAAAUAUCAAAUAAAAUGUUUAGAAGUCGUUCAUCCAGAAUAAAUGUCAGGAUGUAUUCAACAGUAAACAUGAAUUUCAUGUGAGUUUCACAUCACACAUUAUAAACUAUAUGCUUUAAAGACUUGUUUUCAAUAUUUGUCACAUGUAAAUCAUAAUGAUGCGUUUUAACUGCAUGAACUUUUGACAUAAAUUUUGAUGGAUUUAUGACUGAGAGUAAUCUUUGAUUUCUGUAUUGUGAUUUUAAAAGAUGAAUGUUUCUCUGCAGUUCAGUGUGAUUGUUGUUAAAAGCUGAAGUCAAACAGAUGAACUGAUCAAACACUGAAACACCUUCAUUCUCUGAGUUUAUUUCUGUGAUACACUGAUCUGAUGU